GAAGUCAGACACGUGAAGAUAGUUUGAAGGAUGCUUCUUAUUUAAAAAUUUCAAGAUGAGUCGUCGAAGUUUUCUUAAUCGGUUCAUCAACAAGAAAUCUAAACAUGUCAGUGAUGUUGAUGAGAUCUCCACCCCUACUGACAUCGCCCACAAUAUCCACGUCACGCGUGAUCCAAAGACUGGCAAGCUUGCCGGCAUCCCUGAUGCUUGGAAGAAAUAUGUAGACUCCUCCAUAAGCGAGCAGGAAAUCCUGCACAACCCACAAGCUGCUGAAUCUGCGGUGAAAUUCUUUCAAUAUUCCUUAAAGAAAGGCCCUGAUGACGUCAAGCAUCUCUUCACCCCACAACACAUCAAGGAUGAGAGACAAGCAAUUGAGUCCAUACUUGACAGUCCAUCUGAAGACAGAG